AAUAUUUAAAUUCAGUUUUAUUCAAAUUUUUCACAAGGGUGUUUCGUCUAUUAAAAUUUUGCAUUGAUCGUCGGUUUUCAGGCAAAAUAAAGGAUGUUGUCACGAUCUAAACUGUUGUUUCCGAGCAUUGCUCGAAACAUUCGAUGCAUCAGUAAAAGUGCAACAAAUCUUAGUGACAAUCUUUUCGUCCAUCGUGAUACACCGGAAGAUAAUCCAAACAUCCCAUUUGAGUUCGAUGAAGAAAACAAGAGACGCAUAAAAGCUAUCCUUAAUAAUUAUCCAGAAGGACAUAAAAGAGGUGCUAUGAUUCCAUUACUGGAUCUAGCUCAACGUCAAGUAGGAUGGUUACCAAUUUCAGCUAUGCAUAAAGUAGCAGAAGUUCUUGGAUUACCAAAUAUGCGUGUGUACGAAGUAGCUACUUUCUAUACAAUGUUUUUAAGAAAACCAACUGGAACUUAUCAUGUUCAGGUUUGUACAACAACUCCAUGUUGGCUUAAAGGAUCUGAUGAGAUUCUUGAUGCAUGCAAGAGGAAAUUAGGAAUUGGCGUUGGAGAGACUACCAAAGACAUGAAAUUCACAAUUUCUGAAGUUGAAUGCUUAGGUGCUUGUGUUAAUGCUCCAAUGAUUGCUGUUAACGAUGAUUAUUAUGAAGAUUUGUCUGUCAAAGAUACAGAGGAAAUUCUAGACAGCUUGGCUAAAGGACAGCAACCAAAAGCAGGUCCACGUAAUGGGCGUUUUGCUUCAGAACCAGCAGCUGGAUUGACUUCAUUAACAACAGAACCUCCAGGUCCAGGCUUUGGUGUACAGUCUGGAUUAUAAGCAUACAAAAAAAUUAUUAAAUGUAUUUAAAGAAUGAAAAAUUGAAUUAAUAGAGGAAACUUGAGUAAAAA